AAUUUGGUUCGGCUAGCGUACGAAAACAUUAUAUUUUAAAGACGAUAUUCUUUUAUACAUAUAAUUGAAACAGUGAUAAUAACUUAUUUUUUUUAUAAACAAUAAAUGUUUGUCCAUGUUACCAGUUUUGUGUAGACCAUAAUGGCUGAACAGGAGAACAAAUCGGAUACCGAAGAGUGGAGUCGAAUGUGGGCCAGUGCAUCGUUCGUUGGUGUGCUGAUCAUUAUUGGUGUUCCCUUAUGGUGGAAAACGACCGAGGUGUUCAGAGUUACACUGCCUUAUGACCAGAUAAGCAGCUUCGACACGGAUUCACACUUCAUCACCACAGAGCUGGUGGUACUGGCUAAUGAUGAGCGGACGGCUAGUGAUGUGGCUGCUCGUAUUGAGAGAGACUUUGAGAAGUCAGACGUGAUCAAACUGAAGAUCACCAAGCAAGUACUCCCGGAGAAACUGCGCAACACCCUGGACACAGUUGCCGAGGAGGUUGAAGCGGUGGAGGAGAUCAGCAGCCUGGUGGACCUGAAGAAGCACAACACCUUCUACGUGGUGCAGAGGACGCCGCUGUUCCGGGAGGUGUGGGUGGGCGCGGAGAGAGUGGCCUUCUUUCGGGAUGCUAGAGUUGUUUCCACCCUCAUACAAGCCCUGACCCAAUGGGUGUACCACCCGGCCACCCUGCACGGCGCCCGCUCGGAGACGGGGGACCGCGCCCGCCGGGUGCGCUUCCCGGGGGGGGCGGGCUACCACGUGGUGGUGUCCGUGGUGCACCCGCAGCCGCGGAGGGAGGUGCACUUCGACGCUGCUGAGGCUGUGGAGGACUACAUCGGUUCGUUCGUCGACGAGCUGAGCGAGCUCCAUAAUUUCACCCUCAAGUCGCAAUGGAUCUACUUGCUGGAUUUCGACUUUCAGCCGAAGAAGAUAAUGGACAACUCGAGCCUGGGCCACCACUUCGGCAUACGCCACGAGCGGCUCCACCAGCUGAUGACGAGGCUGGAGGAGCGGGCGGCGACGCACGUGUCGCAGCAGCCGGCUAUCAACCUCGCCCUGUAUAUUGUGCCCUGCGAUAUGGCGCCUGUGGUUAUAUAUGAUGCUGAUAAUAAGAAAGUGAACGCCCCCGUGCAAGCGUUCAUGUCCCCGAAGUGGGGCGGCGUGGUGCUGGGUGCGCAGGAGUGCGGGGACGAACCGUUCGCCCCUAACGUGCCGCUGGUUAUGGGGACGUUUCUGGCCCAAUUGAGGAAUCUUAUUGGUAUCACUGAUAAGGAACCAAUAAGCGGCGCACACUUGGACCCCCUCCGCUCGGUGUCCCCCCGCAAGUGGGAGGUGGACAGUCUGCUGCGCGUGAGGACGCUGGAGCACAUCACCUCCGCUGAGAGGAGCCUGAAAUCGCUCGCAAAGCUGUUGGGUGAAAUAUCGAACAUAGUGAUCAACGAGGAAGUGGGCGCAUCGAUCAACACGGCGGUGCAGAACAUCCGGCGCGCGGGCGCGCUGGCGUCGGCGGGCCGGCUGCGCGCCGCGUACGGCUGCGCGCGCGCCGCGUACGUCGCCGCCGAGGCCGCCUUCAUGGAGCCCAGCUUGCUGGCUCUGCUCUACUUCCCGGAUGAUCAGAAGUACGCUAUCUAUAUACCAUUGUUUCUACCCAUCAUGUUCCCGGUUAUACUGUCAUUGAAGAACUUGGUGCUGUGGUUCAGAGGAAAGUCCAUAAAAGAAAAGGCUGAAUGAAAUAUCAUGAGUAUUAAAUAAUUUUAAUUUCGUCA